GAGCAUAUAUGUAUAUACAUACAUACACUUAUACAUACAUACAAAUGUAUAUCUGUUUUUAUUAAGGCUUUUAGAGUGGAAUGCAUUUUUGAUUAAUUACAAGGCGCUGGGACUGCAGCCAGCCGCCCGGAACCCUUGCCCCAAUCAGAACCCUAUACCAUUUGUCUUAUUCUUCUUCAUAUGCGCUCUACUGCCACUGCCACCGCCACUGCCACGGCCACUGCCACCGCCUUGUGCAUUACAGCGCGUUGUACCUGUCCGUGUCUCAUGUGGAUGGUGUUCAAGACAAAGACGAUGAACAAGAAGAAGAAGCAGCAGCAGCAAAUGACGGUAGAGGAAGGUUGGGCCCUUAAUUUGGCUGCCCCUGAGAAGUUGAGAAGUUACGAGCAGAUCUUUUUCGGGUUCAACCGAGUUCACAAUGCGCUCUGUCUUUGGGUUCUUAAAGCCAAUCUUAGUGUGCCCAUAUAUUUCAUAACUAUGUAA